AUGUCAAAGCGUAACCCACAACAAAGCGGUACUUAUACAUGUCCGGAUGGCGGAGCGCGAAAAGCUGCGCUCCAGAGUGACGGCGCGACUCCUGAAGCUGGAGGUGUAAGGACCAUCUUUUUGCCGGUCGCAGAAGAAAGACUAACUGGUGAAACAGCGGCUGUGAUGGCACCGGUAACUCUUACAAAGCGGGCGAUGGCAAGACUGGCCCGUCGGCAAAUUGUGGAACGUACAAAAACAACUGUAUGUACUCCCCAGCCAUUGUCGAAUGCAAAUCGCCGGACUGAUGAUUAUUCUCCAGGGGCCAACAUUGCUGGCAGUUGCUGUGGUAUUGACAGCAGGCUCUGUGGUGACUUCAACCAGGCAGGAUGUGAUGCCUUGAACAACGACGAUACGCUGGCGACGCAAUGUCAACACCAACAGCAGACGGCUCAGGGUGCUGACUGGGAUCGUACCCAGCGCGGUGGAUCCAGUGGUACGGCACAACAGGGCACUGACUAUAGUAAUGCUGUCAAUGCCAUACAAGGUACUGGUGUGAACGGUCAGCCAGGUAGUCAGCCAGCAACUAGUCAACCCAGUGGCCAGCCAGGUGCUCAGCCAGCAAAUAGUCAACCCAGUGGCCAGCCAGGUGCUCAGCCAGCAACUAGUCAACCCAGUGCUCAACCGGUUACUCAACCAAGUAAUCAAGGUGGCACAGACAUCUACGGCAGCGACGUCUGCGGAUAUGGAGGCGGUCCUUUCAGAGGCUGCAAAACGGUUGGGGAGAUGUGCGCCCACAUCAAGACGAAUGGCCAACCUCUACCACCUGAGUGCGGUGGUAGUGGUGAUAACACCGCGCAACCUAAAGACGUGCAGCAACCAGCAGCUACUGGUCAGCCCGCCCCACAAAUUUCCCAGCAACCUCAGCCAGCCGGGCAACUCAAAAGUUUUAAGGCCGUCAAACCCACCCAGAACAAAGCAGAAACUGGCGAUGCCAGUGGUGGCGAUCCGACUCAACAGGGCAACGGCCAACCAGCCACCAGCCAGCCAGCCAACGCCCAGCCAGCCACCGGCCAACCAGCCACCGGCCAGCCAGCCAACGCCCAGCCAGCUGGUGGUGAUCCCUCGAAAGCUGCGUACUAUCAACUCGGCCCGCUAUGA